AAUCUUGGGGAACCCAUGAAGAACCGCACAGAGACCCCAAAACUCCUAAAAGAUCCCAGAAAAAAAUCCCAAAAGGUCUUGGGAAAUGGUGGUGGAGAACCUUCUGGAGAUGGUCACCAGAGGGACAUCCAGGAGGGCACAGGGGAGAAGGCCGACCUGGGUGAGGUGAACUUCUCCCUCUGUUACCUGCCCACGGCCGGGCGCCUCACGGUCACCGUCAUCCGCGCCUCCAACCUGCGCGCCAUGGACCUCACCGGCUACUCAGACCCCUACGUGAAGGCGUCGCUGAUGGCCGAGGGCCGGCGGCUGAAGAAGCGCAAGACGUCCAUCAAGAAGAACACGCUGAACCCCAGCUACAACGAGGCGCUGGUGUUCGACGUGCCCCACGAGAGCGUCCACCACGUCAGCCUCACCAUCGCCGUCGUCGACUACGACUGCAUCGGGCACAACGAGGUGAUCGGGCUGUGCCGCGUGGGCAGCGACGCCGACGGCCCCGGCCGCGAGCACUGGGCGCAGAUGUUGGCCAACCCCCGCAAGCCCAUCGAGCACUGGCACACCCUGGUGGAGGAGAAGGCUCUGCCCAAGGCGGCCCCGCGGGACAAAGCGGCCCUGGGGGAGCCCCUGGGCCCGGCCUGAGCGGUCGGCGCCGUGGGGCCAAUGGGGCCCGAAGCCAUAGGGGCCCCCCCGGCCCCCCCCGGGCCCCCCCCGGGCCCCCCAAGACACGGGGGGGCCCCGCCCCCCCCCACUGUGAAC